UCGGGGUGGGGACAGGAGGGUCACUGGGCCUUGUCUCACUGGGACAGGCUGGAUCACUGAGCCAAGUAAACUAGCUCCAGGGGGCUGGAGAGAAAGAGCUCAAUGGUUAAGAGCAUUGGAUGUUCUUCCAGACGACCAGGCAUGUGGAUUCCCAGCAUGCACAAGGUGGCUCACAACCAUCUGUAACUUCGAUUUCAGGGGACUGGAUGCUCUCUUCUGGCCUCUGCAGGAAUCAGACACACAUGUGAUAUACAAACACCCAUACACAUAUAAUAAAGUAAUUAAAAAGACAAGCUCCAAGUUUUAGGAGAGUCCCUGCCUCAAAAGAGCAGGAAGGGGACUAUCUACCAUUAUGUGCCCUGGUACAACACGAAGCCUGUGGCGACGGUGACCUCCCAGUGGGAGGAUGUCAGCUUCCGGAUGAAUUGCCUCAACCUCCUCCACAUCACCCGGGAUCACCUGAAAGCCAACCUGGACACCCUCAAGUCCAUUCGGAAUCCGAAGGAUCCAGCUCUGCUCCAACAGUGGGAGAAGCUGCUGAGGGAGCUGAUAGAGGACUGCAGGCGCCCUCUGCCUUGUAUGACUGCUCAGCCCAAAGCUAACAACUUGGACAAGAAUAAAUGGCAGCUUCGCAACCAUCUUCUACGCCAACUAGCACAGAGGGCCUCAGAAGCCAAGCCAAGGAAGAUGGUGGUCACGGCAGAGGAUUGGCUGCGUCGUCUCAAUGCUGUGAUCCCCGAGCCCCAGGAAAGCCUGCCUGAUGUGAUGAUCUGGCUGACGUCUAAGCAACAGCGAGUGGCCUAUGCCCGGGUGCCUGCCCAUACUGUCCUGUUCUCCCCAGCAGGACCCCUGAGCUCUGGCAAGUUCUGUGGGAAGAUUCAGAACCUCUUCUUACAGCUCACCUCCGGGUCUGCAUGUGGCUUGGCAAUGUCGUACACAGCAAGAAUCUGAAGCUGCUCCAACAAGGCAACAUGGUGGUGUAUGCGGAGACG